AUUAUUGUUGCUUUCGAUAUUCUGCUGCUUUAAUCUACAUUAGUUCGCUGCUUUCUUCCUCUCCUGUCAUACGAGACUUGAUCCUUGGAAGCGAAGACCUGGAUCACUCGUCAUUACUUCGGUUGUCAUUCAUGCCCUGCGUAUUCGCCUUCCUGGAUUGACUACGGACGUCAUAAGAAAGAGUAGCGCACAAGCACCUGCCAUCACCACCGCCGGAAAACACAACAUUCACGACAAACAACUCGACCUCACCACAACCUCCGCGAGAUAAUCCAAACCACACCACACACCAACAUGACAACAGCAAACCUCCUCGCCCGUCUACCCGGCGAACUCCGCAACUCCAUCUGGCGCGACCUCGUCCUCUUCCCCGACCCCAUCCCCGUCGAACCCCUCUGCCGCCCCACGCACCCCAAACUCCACCAACCCGCAAUAUCCUUCACCUGCGCCUGGAUCCGGGCCGAAGUCCUCUCCAUCUUCUACUCGGAAAAUACCUUCCACCUCGGAAAAAUCGGCUACCAUUCCCGCGACCACAUACGACUUCACGAUUUCAAUAAACGGUUGGAUGCUUGGAGAGCAAGUUUGGGAGAGAGUGUGAGGGACUUGAGGAGUCUGACGAUGCACAUUGAUGGGAGGUGUUAUGCUUGGGAUGGAGUGCAGCCGGGGGAUGUCAAGUAUGCGAUGAAAGUGGUGACUGGCCCGAAGUCAGUGAGAUCGAGGUCGGCAUCACCUGUUGAGGGUGGGAGCAGUCCAAUAAGAAAGAGUGUCAGCGGUGGAGAUGAGAAUUUGAGUCUGGAGUUCACGAUGAACGAUGGACCGAGAUGUACGUGUCGCAUCAAGCCUGGUGUGGAGGAGAAGGCGAUUCAUGAUGGGAGUGAGUUGUUGGAGGUGAUGAAGGAGUAUAGUGCGAGUUAUUGCGAGGCCGUCUUGGAAGGAGAGUGUCCUCAUUGUGGGUGUUCGAGGUUGGAGACGGUACGACCUACGGAGUCACCGGCGCCUGACAAGACCGUCUCGCCACGGAGCAUGGCUGACCCCACGGCGACUGCACAGCCGGCGUGA